UUUUCUGUACGACUGCAAUCGUUGCAUGGAGUCAGUCGUUUCACGAAUACCGCGGGUGGUUUGCGCGAAUGCUCGCCGCCGCCUUUAACCGUUGCGCGACGGAUCGUCCGUCGUUUCGCGGUCCGAGGUUCGACCGCGUGUCUCCGACCGCUAUUCCCGUCUAGAUUUUCGUGCGAUUUUCUUCGUUGAUCUGAGUGACAAUCGUGAGCGAUGUAACCGUGCUCUGACGUCACACGGCUAAUCAAGUGCACACACGAACGCAACAUGGGCGCGCGCGCGCCUGCCACUCGUAUCCAUAUACACGGACGGCCUGCGUAGCUGCGCGCAGUGUACUACGUACGAACACGUAUAGAACUCUGCAUACGAGCAAACUGAUAGAACACAAAGAAGAGGGAAACAUCAUGAUCGCGAAGGACAGAGGAGAAAGAACGGAAGUGAAGAGAUAAGAAAGAAAGGGAGAUACACAUAAGUAUAUAUAGAACCAGUGUUAGAGAAAAGGGGUGAGGCGUAAGACGUAUACAAGGAGGACAUUUCACACUUGCACACGUCUGGUACGCGCUCAUGAGCCUUUCGCUUUAGAAAAUAUUACGCGUUCCGGUGUUACGAAGAAAACUACUUGAUGGUAAACAUCGAUGUUCUUUUUGUUACGUUCAAGAUUCUCGGGCAUCGACUUUUCUCGAAUGUUGUUUCCUCUGUGUCUUGUGGUCUCGUGCGUCGGACAAAUAUUUCGAAUUUACGACACGUGCAAGUCGAAGCUAUGAAAUAGAAUAAAGAAGAAAGAGGAAAGGAGCGAGAGAGAAGUAUCCACAUCUCGUGGCGCCCCGUUGUGUUUUUCUACGGAAAGCUGGGCUCGGAACCUGCAUGAACUUUCGGAGUGGAAGAAAACCAAGUACAUACAUACAACCAAAGAGACUUAAUUCCCGUGAUGGUGAAUGGUCGAAUUCUUACGUGUUUCGCGUGGCAUAAUCAGUGAAAUCGGCGAACCAAGCGAGUGAACCUUGAAUGAACGAUCUCCGAUGGAUGGAUAAGUUUCAUUCCAAUCGAACCGGAUCGACAAGAAUUACACCUCGCCGAAUCUGUAGAAACGGGAACGUAAGGACCGCCAGGGGACUGGACAGCUCGAUUUCGGUUCGGCGAUUCUUAAAGAAAGGAAGAGUCGUCUUUCACUGAAUAUUUAUAAGAGAUUCUACGUUUGGGAAAGCGGUGGAAAACCGAUCCGAUCGUUCCUAAACAGUGGCAACAGUGACUGAGCUCGUGCAGUAAAAAAGCAAAGAGAAACACAAGAGGGACAUCUAAGGUUUCUAUUACACGCUGAUAGAUUACGCGUGUAUAUUCGUGGCAAAAAGGAGACACAAAUGUCUCCCCAGUUGUACACAAGUUUGUGAAAACAAGUGAAGUGAGAGUAGAGUUCCGGCGAGAAGUAAACGGCUAAUGUUCGAAGGCGAGAAAGAAAUGAAGGUGACGAUACUCGGUCGAUAAGAAGCGUCCUGUAAAGUGCCAAUGAGAUAAAAAGUGUACUUUCCCCCCCGAAUAUUUCCGUGACAGUGAUUUGCUAAGUGACAGAGAGGCAGUGGGCAGUGUGACGGUGACAGUGAACAGUGGCAGUGCCGUGAGUAUUUCGACAAAGGGAUCGAAUGUCAGUGAACGAAGGCGAAAGUAAACGAUAAAACGAUGCGUUUAAGAACGCAGGUCCAGUCGGUGAGGGUUGCACGAGGAAAAGAAACUGUUCGUCUUCGUUGAUUUCGAAUUUGCCUCGUUUCGAUUACCGAAGUCCGCUGAAUUGUGCCAGUGUGAAACGUGACAGUUCAAACGUAAUAUUAUUUAUACUUGAUUUGAUUUUUCUUCUUUAGUCUGUAUAUGCUUCGGUUUUUCGUAAUUCUGGUUAAUUGAAUGCGACGAAUUAAAGAGUUGUUGUUGGUUACCGGAGGAAAGACAGAAAAUACAAGGAUCGUAACCUAUUAAUGGAUUUCGGUAGUGCCGGUAGUGAAUGUUAGUGGUGCGUUCGGUUAUUGUCGGUGGUGGUAUCCGCAUUGUUGGUGGUGUGGGCGUGCGGUGAAGGGUGGUUGUUGUGAUGUUAGCAGAUCGUGCAGAAAGAGACGACUGUAACUCUUAACUUAUUAUCACGGAUCUCCCUCGGCAGUUUGACGCUACAGCCAUCCUCGAUGAGAGGAGGCACAUGUCCAUUGCUGUCGCUGAAAAUGCAGGGCCUAGCCCGUGUGAACUACAGGACCCGCUGCGGGUCAAAAUGAGUGCGAUCACUGGCAGCAUCACCAAGAAGAGAAAGAAAUCCGAUGCCAAGCCACAGUCGCAAAUUAACAAGUGCCUUAACGAAAAGAGACGGCGGACCCAGGAGAACCUGUUUAUCGAUGAGCUUACCGAGCUGAUCUUCCCCACGGACAUGAGCUCUGGCAAGACUGACAAAUGCCAGAUCCUUCAGAGAACCGUCGAUCAGAUUCGGCACAUUAGGCAACAGGAAGGCUCGAACAGUCAUGCCGUUCAACAGGGGGAAGUGUCUUCAUCGAAUCGUAACAUACUGUCCAACGAUCAAGUUGGCUCUAUUGUACUUGAGGCGUUAGAUGGCUUUCUAUUUAUUGUAAAUACGGAGGGGCGCGUGGAGUACGUAACGGAAAAUAUAACACAAUAUAUAAAUUAUACGAAGGAUGAUGUACUCGGCAAGGAUAUUUAUAACAUUAUUCACCAUGGAGACCACAACACCUUCAUGCCGAGCUUGUUGCCUAUAUCAUUAGGCUGGACGAGCGAGCCGCAGCCCCAGAGGAACCGUACCUUCAAUUGCCGCUUCUUGGUGAAGCCUCCCGAUGAUAAAGAAGAGACUAUGGAAGAGAAGCAGCAACGAGUAUCGAAAUACGAGUCGAUGCAAAUCUGUUCAGCUCUUUUGCCAAGUAAUAGCGAUCGCCUGGAGAGCGGUGACGUAUCCUCUGAAUCCUCGGACAUCGGUCCUAGCGUAAUGUGCGUGGCUCGCAGGAUACCUCCGAACGAGAAACCCAUUGGUUCACUCAUCGAGCAGUUCACUGUCAAGUUGGACACCACGGGGAAGAUUAUUACGGUCGAUACCAGUGGGCUAUCGCUUCCUUACUCCAAGUACCUAAACAAGGUAAGGGACCUGAUCGGCACAACAAUAAAAGACUUGUGCCACCCCCAUGAUCUCAGUAAGCUAACUGCACAUUUGAACGAUACGCUUCAAGUCGGUCGGAGUACCAGCGAUGUGUACCGGCUACGCGUUAGUCCUGAUAAGUUCCUUAACAUUCAAACAAACUCGAAGCUUUUCAAAGCUAAUGUGAUGAACUCUACUGACUUCAUUAUGGCCACCAAUUCCAUCAUUGGGGACAAUGACUUAACGCCUAUCGAGGGUGGUCAGCUUUCCAACAACAAAGUGUGCUCAGGACACUCUAGUAACCGUUGUGCAAAUAAUAGUAAUAAUAAUAAUGGUAACAAUAAGAAUAACGUGGGUGGCCCGCUGAUGCCCGUGACACAUCUGAACGGUCAAGUGAGUGGUAUCAGUAGCCGGGGGUUGGCGGGUACAUCGUCGCACAGUGCCGCGACUUCGUCGAACUCGAUAGUAUUUAACGCGGCUGAGUCUUGUAACAACCCCCUGCCGUCGUUAAGUACCAGUAACUCGUUCAACCACUUUUUGGAGAAAAUGGACUUGGAAUUCGAGCUAUUCCGCAGUUCCCCAUGGGACUUGGAUAGCAGCAGCGGGUGGGCAGAUAGGCCCGAAUCGAGAGCGAGCGGGCCACCAAACUCACGACCAUCUUCCCAGCCAGCCCCGACAUCUCCGAGUCCCCAAGGAACGUUCUCCUCUAAUUCGGCGGUGGCGCCUCACUGCAGUCCCCUACGCGCGUUCAGCCCGACCUCAGGCAACGCGGCUCACACCUUCAGUAAUUCGUUCCCCUUCAGUCCGCUUCAGGAAUCACAGACGUCCUCCUUGACGAACAGCGCAGCUAGUAGCGUUAGCGCCAACGGGGCCGCCGGAUUGACGCCGAAGAGACAGGAUGAAGGGAAAACCGGAUGCUCGACGACCAAUCAAUCCGCCAUGGAGGCAGCCAACGCGAGAAACAACGCGACCUCCGUGGCCGGGACCGCCACGGCCGGCGGCCAGUCUAGUGCCGCAUCCGCGACUAUCGAAACUCAGAACAGUGUUGUGACCACCGGGUCCGGUAGACUAAGAAACUUGUUGACCAAGGGGGCUAGUGGUAGUGAAGACAGUCAGGACAAUACGAAUAACGAUUCCAACAGCCGAAACAAGCACCCGAUAUUGUCGGUCCUGUUGGACCAACAAGACGAGGACGAUUUCCAUCCGGAGCAUAAUAAUAAAGUGCGCACGAGUCCUAGCAACGUUCCGAAACCGAGCAUGGAACAUUCGAAAUCUACGCUUGGAAAUAAUAUGCUGUUACAGUUAUUGAAAACUGACGACGAAGACGAAGAAUCUUCUCAUCACGCCGGUGUGAAGAAGAAAAACGAACUUCUGCAUAAACUCCUGAAUGAUCAGGACGACGAGAGGAAAGUGCAGGAGCAGCAGUGUAAACCACAAACUCGGGAGGAAGAUAAGCUCUUGCAUAGUCUUGGAUUUCGGAACACCACGCCAUCCCCGUCUCAGUCAGGCGACAACGUCAGACUCGGUGGUUCGAGUCAGGUCGGACAAAAGAGACCAGGUGAUGACGGUGAUUUAAACAUAGCUGUGAAACGACCCAUGGACGGUUCGCACCAAGUAUCAUCCUCUGGUACACCUACGAAUGCGACGAGCAAGUUAUGGGAGAAAAACAAGAUGUUAGCCAGGUUGCUAGCACAGCAGCCUCCACAAGCAACCACCAUCCCACCUAUACCUGCGUCUGUGAUAUCGGCAACGCCACAGGAUAAACUGGUCCGUAUAAAACAGCAACCACCGCAGCCGACACAGCCACAACCUCAACAACAACAACAAGCGCAACAGCAACAACAGCAACCAUGGACUGGUGGCAGCAUGCAGUCGGUUGGUGGUAACAACACAAUUACGACAACCGCAACAUCCGCGCGGACUCCUCUCCAAAGCCAGUCAAGACAACUACCUCGUCCAACAACCAAUACCUACCUCAAUCAUAUGCUAAGUCAGCAACAAAGACCUCAAAUAGGUCAGAUGGAUUCGGAAUUUACAGGCAGCGGAGAGCAUCAUCAAACAAAUACUGAUCCAAGUGGUUGGGAUAACCAGUCGUCAGAUCCUGACCUUUCCGAUAUUUUGGAUCAAGUUAUUGAGUUCGUGCCGGAUGAAGCUAUUACAGAUUCGUCUGCGAUAGCAAAUCUCCUAGAUGUAAUCGAAACACCACAAAACAACGUAUUGAAUGAAAAAAUGGCGAUUAGCGCGAUUCAGAAGUCGUUGAUGUUAUGUGAGACUGCCGUAAAUCCAACGUCUUCCACCAUAACAAUUCCUGGCACGCCUCCAGCUUACUCAACUGCGUUAACUACACCAGUAACGACGAGCCAUAGUUAUCAACCUCCGCCUAUGUAUCAGCAGCAGACUAGGAUGAGGAACACCACGCAGCUAGUCAGGCAAAACACCGCUCAAUUUACACAACAACAGCAAUUACAACUGCAUCAGCAACGGGCAAAAAUAAUGCAACAGCAGCAGCAACAGCAGCAAUUAAAACAGAGGUUGUUGCAGCAACAGCAACAGCAACAGUUACUUAUUCCUUCCAACGCUACAGCUACGGACCAAAUUACAACCGGCAUUCAGAACAUUGAUAAUCUUCUAAAUAAUACUGUUGCGCCAAACGUAUCGUUACAGCGAUCGAGUGUUCCAGAUUCGCAAGUUUCUCCAGGUUAUGGGGGAUCCGUCCAAAUGCCUUCCUCCGGUCAUCGACUCGCACAUUCGUACUCCCAUCCGUCUACGUUACCACAACACCCCAUUGUAAACAAUAAUUUCAACAGUGGGCAACAAGUGUCCGCUGCAGCACGACUCUCGCCGCAUUCUCCUGCUGGUAUUCUGUCAUUCUCCCAUCCGCAGCCGUUGUCACCACGUGUGACGCAAGGCAACUAUGGUAAUACCCCGAGACUGUUCAACGUUAAUCAGGUGAGAACGCAGCAACAACCUACCACGCAGCAGCAGUUGCAGCAACAACAGAGAUCGAUGUCUUCGCCAGGAACUCCAGCAUCCGCUCGGCAGUCUCCAUUUCCGGCGGAGACCUUUCCCCCACCUACUUCUCCCACAGCUAGCCAAUUUCCCCCUGGUCCUAAUCCUGGUGCACCAAAUCCUUCUGCCCAAUACCGGUUACAAAGGACGACGUCCACACCUUCGGCUACGACUCAGUUGCCAGGUGGGCUCGGUUCGCCCCGGCACUACGGCGGAGUGAGUAAGGAACAACCUCUUCUUUCACCUAGUCAUCCACAUUCGGGUUGCCCGGCAACACCGACUCACAAUCAACAUAAUGUAACGAAUACCCAACAACACUUCUCCAACCAACAACAUUCUUCUAUGAUAUACCACACGACCGCCAAUACAAUCAACACAGCAGACAUGCAGAACAAUCAGUUCUGUUACGAUCGGACGUCUGUUCCACUCUAUUCGUCAGGGCCUGGGGAUACGCAGGACGCCAGGUCUCUACCUCCCGGUAAUCCUGUCAAUCACCAGUUGGGUGGAAACGCAAGCAGCACCUCAGAGUUCGUCAGGCAAGAAUUGAGAGCGAUCGUUGGUGCACGGACGCAACAACAGCAACAGCAGAGGGUACCGAACAACCUACAGAACAACCUACCUGGCCAAGUUUCUCAGGAUGAUCUUGAUGCACUUGGUCUCAACUUCGAAAUGGGUUCUCCAGGUGAGGCUGUGGUUAGCGAUGGCCCUGCAAAGAGCUGGGCCAUUGGGAGUGCCGGAAGUGCCCCCUCGUCCUCCAGGACUUCUACGGAGGAAGUGGCACGAGGUGAUCCAAAGGUGAACCAGUCAUCGCUGUUACAGAAGCUGUUGUCCGAGUGACUGCAGGCCAAUAAUACCUUGCACGGUAACGGGAUCUAUGUAAUAUAUGUUUGAACAUAAACGUAAACGGGGAACGAAGAAGAAAGCCGGGUGGAACGCCGCGCUGCGUGGAACAACCGGGAAGAUGAAACGAGAAGAAGAAGAGGGAAGAGAGAAAAAAAGAAGAGGG